AUGAUUGGAAUCAAAAACCUUUUAAAGAGGUUUAACUAUGGAAUGCAACCAAGACUUUACGCUAAUGUCAAUAAAGGAGUGCCAGGAGAUUUUUAUAAUUAUGAAUUUCGGGCCUUUGAGAUUGGCAGGCUUGACGAUUAUGAGAUUGUAAACAAGCUCGGCCAAGGAAAAUAUGCUGAAGUAUAUGAAGGUGUUAAUCUAUUGACAUAUGAUCGAGUCACUAUAAAAUUCUUAAGACAAGUCGGCAUAAACAAAAUAGCAAGAGAAAUCAGCAUAUUAAAAACGCUUACAGGCCAUCCAUCAAUCCCAAGAUUUAUCGACAUUGUAAGGGACCGAAUUACAAAUACUCCAGCACUUAUUAUUGAGUAUUCUAUAGGUGAAGAUUUCAGAGAGCUUUAUAAUCAAUGAGGGGACUUUGAUGUGAGAUACUAUAUGUAUAGGGCCUUCCUAUAGAUGGCGCGCAAUGCGCCAUCACCGGGCCAUGUCGGGAGAGGGUUCCACACGAGGAAUGGUUCUACGUGCGGAAUCCUCUUUUUGGCUCGUGGAAAGUAGUUUUCUCACAGGUCAAAAAGAGGGUUCCACACGUAGAACCAUUCCUCGUGUGGAACCCUCUCCCGACAUGGCUCGGUGAUGGCGCAUUGCGCGCCAUCUAUAGGAAGGCCCUAUAUGAAAUUCUUAAAACCUUGGAUUAUUGCCAUUCAAAAGGCGUAAUCCAUAGAGAUAUCAAACCACACAAUAUUAUGUUUGACCACCCCAAAAGAAAAAUAAGGAUUAUUGACUGGGGUUUGGCAGAAUAUUACAUUCAUGGACAUCCAUAUCAUGUUAGGGUCGCGUCUAGAUAUUUUAAAGGCCCAGAGCUCUUAGUAGGCCAUAGGUAUUAUAAUUAUUCACUUGAUUCUUGAAGCCUGGCGUGCAUGAUGGCUGGAAUAGUUUUCAAAAAAGAACCAUUUUUCCAAGGAGAAGACAAUGAAGACCAGCUCAUGAAGAUUAUUGCAGUUUUAGGGUCAGAAGCUUUAGGAGAGUAUAUAGCAAAGCAUAGGGUAGACAUUGAUAGGGCUCUUGAGAAAAAAAUCGUAUAUCAAAGCAAGCAGAGUCUUAAUUUAUUUGUUACAAAUGAAAAUAGCCAUUUAGCGAAUCCACAAGCAAUUGAUCUUUUAUCAAAAUUGUUUGUGUAUGACCAUAUAGAUAGACUGCUCCCUAAAGAAGCUAUGGGCCAUCCAUAUUUUGACAUAGUCAGAAAAAUGUGGGAAGACAUUGAGAAUUCAGUUGAAAUUGAUGAAUCUGAGCCUUAUGCUUUGACUGCGAAAAUAAUCAGACAAAAUAAAUCACAUAUUCAUUAA